AUGACUACGUUUAAUGAUCUUUCCAUGUUUUAUAUUAAAUUUGCAUUUUAUUUGACUAAAAUUUAUCAUGAUGAAUUGGAAUUUGUUCAUUUCCUUUCUCAGUUCAUGAUUUCUUCUGCAGUAAUUACAUUCUUCAGCUUUACUUUUCUGGACAUUCGCGCAAUGUAUGGUCGUUAUUCAUCUGAAUCCUUCUUUGCAAAUAUAUCGAUUCCUGCAAAGUUUGCUUGGUUUUUGCAAGAAUUGCCUUCUCUUCUAAUUCCUCUUUUUAUUAUUUGGUAA